AUGCACCACUCACACUCGCUGCACGCUGCCACGGCCAGAACGCCCCGGGAAUACACCCCUCGGUCAACGGUUCAGUUCACCGCACCUCCGAUUGCGAAACGUAGUCAGAGUAUGCAGUGUGCACGUACAGAUGCAGCUCAAAUUAGCUCAUUCAACGCUCCGGAUCUCAACCCCAGUGCACCACUCACACUUGCUACACGCCAUCCGGUUCAUCCAUCUCCUCAAUCCAGUUACCCACUCACACUGACAAUGCUCACGCCCACACUCUUAGCCAAUCAAUCUCACAAACUGUCUCACCCCUAA